UAUCCUAAAAUUUAACCUGGCAUCACUGAUCGAUAAGGAAUAGAAAAAGUUAGACCGAUUUUUUCAAGCACUGUUUUUAGAAAAAAUAACGUGUUAUAUUCAGUGAAAUUAGUGUUGGAUCAAUUUCUAAAAUAAACAAGUUUUGAAGAUGUUCAUGGCGGGCUAUUUUCGAAAAAAUAACCUCGAAACAAAGGUUUCUAUUCAUGAAAAAAUUAUGAACUAUAAGAGGCAUUAUAAUAAGGAUCCGCUCAUCAUCGUUGACCUAAUGUAUUAUGAUCAACUAGGAGGCUACCUGCAUAGGAGUGGGGUCAAUGCUAAGAUGGCCGAUCUCUGUGGGAUCUCUCGCCAACGGGUGCAACUGCUUGAGGACUUUGUAGCGUCGAUAAAGGGCUGGGGAGCGGAACUGCUGUUCGUUACCAAUGGGCCAUAUCUGGAUGUUAGUGGUCAGAUUGUACCAGAUGAGGAUGAUAACAAAGGAAGCAGUAAAGACUGGCGCUACGAUUUGCAGUGCGCUAUAGUUGACUAUUUGGAUAGAGCGCACUAUAGUCAGGUGGCGGAAGACGCGAAAUUCAUACCCAUCGAGCGAGUCUGGACUGAGUCCAUUGGAAAGAUUGCUCGAAAAUACGGAAAAGUUUUGUGGGCGUGGGAUAACACCCGCCACCAAGAGAUUGCCAAACUUGCGACGGUACACGAAGCCAUGGCAAUUAUUACGAAAAACUAUGCGCUAUUGCUAUACAGCGGGCUAGCACUCCCAAAAUUUAAAAUGUGGUCGCUGGUCGACUGUACUUCGACGAAAAUGGAAACAAUAGAGUACGAUCCGCUAAUUAUUAGAAGAACGUUAAGUUUAACAACUAAGCAAAUGCGAUUGUUGGGGGCCAUAUGUGACUGGUACUACAAUACGGCCUCUUUCUAUUCAUUUCUUGACCGCAUAAACGUGCCUAACGAUAGACGCACGAUGUUCAGAGAUCUCGCAGCUUACGUUAAGAAAACUGCCGGAAACUUGCAAGAGUUGGACUAUCUCAAAAUAGCACGUGAUUUUUUCGGCGAACAGAAGUAUUUUGAUAAAUUUGAUGAUUUCAAAACGGUCUGUGAGAGCUAUAAUAUUAACAAGAUAACGCUGUCCACGGAUCAGAAUAACGACUCAAUAAGUAUGCAGCUUAAAAAGCAAGACUCGUUCAAUUAUGACAUUUACCAUGGUAUAUUGUUCACCUGCUCAAUAACAUUUGUCGAUUAUCGGUUUUGGCAGCAGCAUGGGAUUGAUUUCUAUGAAUUAGCCGUCAAUAUAUAUCAACGCAUAAGCGGAGUUAUUCUUCAGCAUAAGAAAGACCGGUCUCUUGUACGGUAUGUCAAGAUCAAGCGGAGUCACACGGAACAGUACGAUAUGGCAGAAUUGAAACCAGAAUAUCCUGAAAAAUUAUGUAUUCCUUCAUUGGAUUAUCUGUUCUCGCUCAAUGGACUGACAUUGACAACCAUACCGGAUUUCAACAUGCGCUUGCUCGAGUUCGUCACCGGAAUGACACUGUGCAGAGAUGCUUUCGAUUUCUUCUGUAAAACUGAUCAACGAUCCUAUCUGCAAGACAGUGUGACUCUUUGCUAUAUGGUAGAGUUGCAUAUGCUGGAACGUUUCGAAGCUGAUAUCAUGCUGAUAGGCAUUCACAAGUGCCGUCGAGAGCCUGUACCGGAAGUUGAUCUUCCAAAGAACUUACAUUUACGUGCGUUCCAUUUGUAUUUCACCUACGUCAAGAUGCGUACGUUCAUUAAGCAUAUCUUCUACAGUGCUGGAUUGGACGACUCGUUCAUGGACGAAAACUAUCUGGACGGGGUCAUAUACCAGAAAUUGUACCAACGAUGGAUCGUCGAAGGCGAAACAGUAGAAUUCAGCAGAGAAGUCAGUCGAGUUGAGCGCUACCGAUUGUAUUAAUGUUCGAGACGUGCUACCGAGUAGUGUUACGCCCUGGAAUUGCGUAUUUUCAGAUAUUUUUUUUUAAAUUUAUAAUAUUUUCAUAUAUUCUGUUUUGUAAGACUGUUCGAAUUGUUUGUAAUAUUUUCAAUGUUUUUUCAAUAUUAAUUUCUGUGAGUAAUGUUGAGCUGGAAUUAAAACUGUUGACGUGAUUAGUGAAACUAUCUUUAGAAGGGCAUGCUCAGGAGUUUAAAGAAUGUAAACUGAUCUGAAGCUCACAUACUGCCAGUUAGAUAUCACGAUACAUUUCUAAUUACCAAAUUCAGCGCUUAUAUUCGCUGUCGAUCUGUUUCAUUAAAAAUAUUUGAACUUUUGUUUUGAAUUCGAGAAUAGCGAGUAAGUUUUUAUUUAGUUUCACUAAACCACAAUAUCAAAAGUUUGUUAUACGUAACGCAAAAAAGCCUAAAAAUUAAAAUCGAAGUAGAAUGCAUAAAACAUAUUUUAAUCCACUUAAUAGUUCAAUGAUAUUUAACUUCAGUUCGCUUUCACAUCUCAUCCAAGUCAGUCGAUAAAUCAAAACCGCUUACGUUCGGGGCGGAAGAAACCUAGUACAGUAUUGUGUAGUGAACAAUAGAACGACCUCGAAAUAAGUAAACCAAACGAACAAAUGCUACCGCCGACACGAAAGAAUACCAUUGUUGUUCAGACAGUGCAAAAUUCGACCUUCGA